UGCGUCUACGAGGAUCGAGUAUAUAAGGCCUGCUCCACUCGAAAUGGAAUCAGUCCUCGAUAUGUGGCGACUUAUGCAUUUCGCAUUCCUUUUUGCGGCAUUCGCUUUUGCGUUUGCCGCUGCUGCGGAAAACGAGCAGGGAGCUUCGCCCAACGUUCAGAGCGAGAUCGAACCACAACCGGAUGCGAAUACUGGUAAUAAUGAUUUGGAAGCAGAUGCCACGUACUGGGGGUAUGGUCGACCGUCGAGAUACGGUGGUUGGGGAGGAUAUGGCGGAGGAUACGGUGGCAGAGGAUAUGGUGGUUGGAAUGGCGGCUGGGGAGGAGGCGGCUGGGGAGGAUACUGGGGUGGCCGAGGCUAUGGAGGCUGGGGUGGUCGAGGCUACGGAGGCUGGGGUGGAAGAGGUUGGGGAGGCGGUUGGGGAGGAUAUUGGGGUUGAUUUUGUCCCCCGAAUUCUAUCCGUGUAAUAUUUUAUCACAUCAUCAAUGUAUUCUUUGGUCCUUUGUAUUAAUAUUCAACUUCUUUAAAAUACAAUAGCUUCAUUAGUUCUAUAAAGUGUUCCAUCGAAAUCUUCAUUGUACAAGAAUAAAUGAUUAUGUGAAAAAAAUUA